GCCGUCAGUCGGGUGUUGGGUCGCGGCCUGCUGUAUUCCUUCGACUCCGUUCACCUCCAUUCACAGUAAAUAAAAGCAUGGAGGAUCUGACUCUCGGGAUCUAACGCCGAGCAGCGGGGGGUAAAGACACUGCCGCAUGCGCUCUUGCUUUUAUGAAAACACAGGAAGGAAGCGGGACGGCGGUGAAACGCGUUGACAAUUGGUUUUAAGUCAUUUUCCGCAGAAAUAAGGACUGUAGUUGGGGGAUCGGAUCGGGACAGCGCGCCGUGCUGAGCAUGAAGCGGACGGCGGUGGUGGCCAGGCACAAUGGCCUCGUCUCUCCUUUGGGGAACAACAACUCCGGGGCUUCGAGCAUCGUCUCGCCGCCCCAGCCGAGGGCCACUGGAAUCUCCGCUCCUGCCGACAUCGGUGCCGGCGGUGGGGUGGACGGCCUUCUGGAUUUCUCCAAAGGCCCCACCGUCAAAACGGAGCUGGUGUGCAAAUGGAUUGACCGAACUUCUUCGAGACAGAGGUUUGGGCGGACAGCGACAUCCGUCUGCGACCAAACUUUCAGCUCCAUGCCCGAGCUGGUGGACCACGUCACCACCGAGCACGUCGCUGCGGGGCUGGAGACCCUCAGUCAUGUCUGUAUGUGGGACGAGUGUCUGCGCGGCGGGAAGGCGUUCAAAGCCAAAUACAAACUCAUCAACCACAUCCGCGUGCACACCGGGGAGAAACCGUUUUCAUGCGCAUUUCCCAACUGCGGCAAGAUGUUCGCACGCUCCGAGAACCUGAAGAUCCACACUCGCACCCAUACUGGUGAGAAGCCAUUCCAGUGUGAAUUUUGCGAGCGGCGCUUCGCUAACAGCAGUGACCGAAAGAAGCACUCACAGGUCCACACGGCCUCAAAGCCCUACGACUGCAAAGCACUGGGCUGCACUAAGUCUUACACACAUCCCAGCUCCCUGCGCAAACACAUGAAGGUUCACGUAAAGUCCUCACCUACCUCUGAACCUCAGGACCUGUACGACUCCAUCUCUCAUCAACUCCAGUCUCCUCAUCAAGCUGUCCUUGAGCCCCUUGACCUUAAAAUGAAUCGCCUCUCUCCGACACUUGCCAACAAAACCACUCAUUUUCCUCUUUUGUCCAAUCAUGAAUUGGAUAUCAGCUCAGCCAGUGAAGUGGACCAUAAGCUUCUGCUGCGGAGUUCAUCUCCAUUGGCAAUGCCUCUUGAUCUCUCUCUGUCAGGCCUAAAGAAUCAGCUGACCCAGAAGCAGCAGAGUGGCAGAACCCCGAGGAGGAGUCAGCGCUCAGUCAACCCAGCCUUACCUCAGUUGUCUAACAUUAAGGAGUGGUAUGUCUGUACCAGGACUACAGCACCACAUUUUCCUCUACUUCACCCGGACCAUAUCAAAUCAGAACCUAGUGAUGAGGAGGAGUACGUCACGUAAGAUGGAGGGACUGGUGAACUGGGACAUAAAGAACAAAUCUCAUGCUGUCCGACCCAGGUCAGGCAGUACAAGCAGUUGAAUAGUUCAACAUCUGUGGCCCUUGGUGAAGGCUGCGAUCAGAGAGAAGGAUUUUUACUGCAUCUCACAUAAAAAAAAAAAAAAACUCAGAGAUUGUCACUUUGUGUGGACCAAAAGCAGUAGAAUGAAAUUAUGACAGAAAGGACAAAAGGAAUUUUGUCAUUAUGGUUAUGAAACAUAAUGUUUUACAGAAAACUGAAAGUUAUCAGCAUUAACUAGCUAACCUGAACAAACAAAGGAGUUAACCUUUGUACAAGUGGACCAGAGGAUUUUUGGUUACUGCACUGCUUGCUGUUAAAGAGUAUGUACAGGGUGUGUGUACAUGACAUGACCUCUCUAAAGAGACAGAUUAUUGUCCAAUUUAAGGGCUCCAUCUUGGUAAAGCACUAUCAAGGGCUAAAUCGGUACUGAUGGAAAGAAGUUAAUGUUGAACCUCCAAACAGCAGACACAUAUGGUGGAGGGGAGCAUAACUGUUAAGGUCUCAGUUUGCUUUAAACAAACUAAUUUGCACAAUGUUUGAAAGUUGGAAAAAGCAGCUGAUUUUGCUGUCAGAAAGGGAGGUCUACAUACUGUUAGAUGAUCUGACAAGCACUUGCUUGAAAGCAAACUGAAGCCUUUCGUAACAAACCAUUGGUACUCAUUGGAACUUGCUCAAAAGUGUUUACAGUAAAGAGUGAUCACAGUCUAAUCCAAUGCAGCAGCAAGCAGUUAAACUCCAGUUAAAAGAGAAUGGGUCUGAUCCUUCCUUGUGCUGAUCAAGAGUCUCCUUAACAUCUUCAGGGGGCCUAUCAGUGGGUUAAUUGCAUACAUCUGUUCUUACUCCAGUCACAAUUGAGUCAUCACCUUAAGCUUUCAAAAUAUCAGCACACAUCUCAUAUACACAUUGUUUUAACAAUGCAAAGCUGCAUCUUGGAUUUGAGUAUUGAGUUAAAAUAAGCAUCCUCCAUCCAUGAAUGAAUGGAACAAGCUGAAUUGUUGAAAUUGUGGCAUGGCUUGAAAAUUGUUUAAAAAAAAAAAAAAAAAAAAAAAAAAAAAGCAAGUCAAACCGAUGCUCAGCCAUCCACUAGUAGUUAAUUUCAAAUUGGAUUUGAACCUCAGAUACAAGAAAGUCUAAUAUUUUUUCCUGUUAAGUAGACUGGCAACUCUAAAUUGCCACGAAUGUGUGUGACUGGUUGUCUGUUGCCGUGUGUGUCAGCUCUAUGAAUAACCUGUGACCUGUCAAAGUUGUGUUCCACCUCUCACCCAAUUUCAGCAGUGAUAGCCUCCAAUUCUCUGUGACUCUCAAAGAUUACCCAGGCAUUGCUGAUGGAUGGAUGUUUGUUCUCUAUUCUAAAUAAAUUUGGCUAAAUAGGGGAUUUCUCUAUAACCUUUUUAGUCACCAUGUUACCAAGCUA